GUGUGGAAGUGCUCGUGAGCGUGCGUGACUGCCUGCUCAGCUGAGAUGGGUGAUGGCGGCUUCCUGACAGAAGAAGAAGAGGAGGACCACAAUACUUGCUAGCGCUGAGCACCCUCAGGGAAUAAAUAAACCGUGGUGGACUUUGCACAAGGAUCGUGAUCACAAAAUGACUCUUAUAGUUACCGCCCCUUGAUCAAAAGACAGUCGCACCGCGUAAACGAAUGCCAUUGGCGGAGAGACAGCAACACGUCAUUUUAGGCAUAUUUUUAUUAAAGACUGAUUUCUAAGAAACCACGCACAUGCAAGUGAAAUCCCUACACAUUUCACGCAGUGAUUUAAGUAUUUCUACUACUGUGGACAUUUUAAUUACUUUGAAGAGCGCGCUCUUGAAUACCUGCGCCACACGUUGAUUUUUGUGUAUAUAAUCCAUCUUAAGUGCCUUUGAAGAAGAACUGUGUGACUAAAAUUAACUUAAUAUCACGUGCCUUAUAAAAUUCUUGUUGGAAUUGGAUGUGAGGAACACAAAUUAUAUCACAAGCUAUAUUGCAAAGGAGAAAUUAGGAAUUAUAUUUUCAUAUUAUUAUUAUUCGUAGAAUAUUUUACGUUGUGAUAUAUACACAUACUUUUUAAAACAACAGAUUUACGGCCCUGGCUGAAAAUCAUAAUUACAUACUUCGUCAGAAACAGUAGUUACUUGUGUGUGAAAAUGCCCAAGUAAUCUCAGAUAUCGGUAAUUACAAGUUGGCUUUGUUUGCCGAGGAACACAGCUACUGUGUGUUUGCAUGCGACUGCGGAAAAUAGAUAACAGGACGGCACAAGUUCGUACUUGCAGAUUAGGAAACAAUAUAUCAUUUGCUCACCAGUCGCUAACACAAAUGAUCAGAUGACGUGGUUGCCAACUAUCUUGAUAUCACCUGGCAGUGGUAUCAAUGGCUGAACUGGGAAGAAAGUUGAGCUCUGAGCGGACCGAUUUCUUUUUAUCGUAAAUCGCGAUUAGACGCGAGGGCCUGAUAAGAUUUGUGAUUAUCACAGUCGCAGCCAUAUUUGUUUCAGGCACUCAAGUGUUAGUUUGUGAGUUGACGUUCAGCGUACAAGUGACUUGUAGUGAUAUAGAGCGGAGUGACGGUUGUGGGAGCAUAUCUUCGUUUGUACCCGACGGAUUGAAGACUUUUUCAAACUGGCGGCCAGCGGAGACGAAGACUGCGCCGAGGCACUCAACCCUUUCGCCGCGACGUACACAAUGAUGGGAGAGUACAAGUCGGAGAUGGAUCACGGCUCACCGAGCCAACAGACGUUGGUGAGCACCAGUUACGGGGGCACUACGUCUUCCACUCUGAAUUCGAACCUCUCCCCAUCGAACUCUCCAACUCUGCAUCCCCUGCAUCAGUUGUACAGCCCCCACCACCACCCUGCAUAUGACCGCCACCCAUACGCCACAGACUCAGACACCCCUACUUCGCUUGCCUCUCCUCAAAUUACCCAGAUGCUUCCUAGUGUUCUCCCAGGUUCGGCAACCCUUAAUCACAGACUGACCCCAGGUGAAGAGUGUCACUGGCUGAGCAAUGGCUCGCUGGUAGGAAGUCCAGGUGGAAAUAUGGUUGGUACUACCGCACCUCUACAUCAUCAGAGUUACCAGCACCAUCUUACGGCAGGAGAGGUGAACCUAGCGGGGAGUACCCCUGGACUUAAAGUUGGUGUCCAUCCUGGUCACCACCAUCACCACAAUCACCACAGUCAUCAGCAGCAACAGAAAGCCUUAAAGGAGCAGAGAAUUCGGAGACCCAUGAACGCUUUUAUGGUGUGGGCCAAAGUGGAGCGCAAGAAACUGGCAGAUGAAAACCCGGAUCUCCACAAUGCCGAUCUCAGCAAGAUGUUGGGCAAGAAGUGGCGGAGUCUGACACCUCAAGACCGACGCCCGUACGUGGAGGAGGCAGAACGACUGCGCGUGAUACACAUGCAAGAGCACCCUAACUACAAAUACCGUCCCAGACGCCGGAAACACAACAAGCGCGGUGGCCCUUCUCCUUCCGGCGUUCCGGCCACAAGCACCGGCACCAGCGCCAGUGGUAACGGCGGAACUUCCGGUGCAGUGGGUACCAGUGGGAACCGCCGCAACAAUUCCAACAUUAACCAGCACCACCUCCACCAAUCCCACCAAUUGCACCACCAACAAAAGCUGCAGUCACAAACUCAUCAACUGACAUACCAGUCUUACCAACAUCAGCAUAAUAUCGGUGGCUACUCCCCUCUCAUGCAAGCGCACCAGACCUAUCAACACUUGUACUCCAAGAACAAUGGUUCGAAUGUGACCUAUGGAUCACCAUACACUCCUAUAAUGCAUACUCCAGAAGCCUCCCCUCCUGGCAGUCCGGAAGCAGACUCCCUGAGAAUGGGACUUGGCAACCGAGUGAGCAAUGCAUCAUCGCCUUUGUUGCAACAGCCUCACGCAUCAACACUUCAGCAAGAAGACCAGCAGGAGCCAGAAACACCGGAAUCCCAAGCCCAGCAGCUCCCGUCAACACCUCAACCACAUUCAUCCGGUCAGAAUUCCUCAGCCUCCGGUCUAAUCGAAGAUGUCAAUGCCGCAGCCUUACCAACUCCAGAAAUGUCUCCAAUGGACCAAGAUAAGGACAACUUUCAGUUUAGUGGAGGAACAAGUUCGAAUAAUGAUGAUAAGAGGCCGGUUGCUUCUGGGGUAUUGGGGAAUGUUCUAGUAGUUGGCACAGCUACCAACCCUCUCAACAACAAUAUCCCGGCCGGAGGAAGCACUCUUCAUCAACAGACUUCCAGCAGUAUGAACCUUUCCACUGCGACCACAACAACGGCCUCCAUCGGGUACCACCAUGUCUUGUCGCAGCACAUACCAUACAACCGACAACCGUCUUCCUCAUCCGCGCUGUCCAACAGUUACGGUGGAACGGCCAACUUGCUACACCAUCACCACCAUCAUCACCACCACCAUCACCAGACUCAACAGAACAGCCUCACAGCCACAAUGGGUCUCAGUAAUGGCAUGAUGAUGAUGUGCACGAACCAGAGAGUUCUGGAGAGUUACGAACAUAAUGGAUUAGUGACUGGGACUUUCUACCCUCCUGUGGCGACGUCACAGGACAACCAGCAACUCGGCGUUGGCAGCAGUGGCGGCAGUAGCAGCAGUGGCAGCAGUGGGCAUCAGAUGUACACAACUGCCAGCUCAACGGCUUCGCCGUCAUUAGGAUCUUCCUAUUUAGGAAGCAGUGGUAGUGGAAAUGGCAACAGUGUUUACGGAGGCAACGGGAGUGGCAGCAGUGGAUCCGCAAGCGGACAAGGACUGCCAGCAUCGCCAAAUGGAAGUCACUACUCGUGUAACAGUCCAGUGGGCGCUGCGCAUGCGUUGAGAUCAGUGGACAGUUACGCAGGUGGAGUCAUUAUGGCAGAUGAUCAGCAUGGCCGCAGUUAUCACCACAGCGUUGUGACGUCACAGUCGCCUCAUUCUCACCAUCCGCCUCACCACAUGUCGUACGUGAGCCAGUCAGACGACGAUGAUCUCAUCCUAGGUGACGCAACAGAUGGUGGAGUCGAUACUAACGAAUUCGAUAAAUAUCUAAAAUAUUCAGGACAACCUCAAGCAACCCUUGAAGGUAAUGAAACGGGAACAGCAAUGCAGAUGGAUUCCAAUCACAACUAUCACCACCAUCACCACCAUUCACUGUCACCAAGCAGCCACCAUCAAAUUCAGCAAAGUCACGGGUACUAUAAUCAUCCUAUCCUGAGUAAUGGUGGGCAUAUCCUGAAGACGGAACCCUCUGUCCUGCAUGUGAAUCCCCAUCACGGAGUUGCCUCUUACGGCGCACCCGAAGGACAGCAAGUGCAGCAGUGUGAGUUCCCCAACCAGCAGCAGCAGCAGCAAAUGCAGCAAAUUAAAACGGAGGAUGACUUUAGUGUGAUACUUGCAGAUGUUCGCAAAACGUGCUACAGCAGUUGAUCUGUCCGCGGGGUAUGCUCAUGACUGCAUGCCGAGUGCGGGAGUUCUUAUCCGUCAGGAGUUCGGCUUCGCUACGUUUUCAGUUCUUCGGAGAGUGCUCUUAUUUUCGCAGGGGUUACAGUUUAAUUUACAAGACAAAUGGACACUUCUAAUAUCAUAUAUAAGUAAUGUAUAAACCAAAGAAAUCUACAGACAUAAAUUAUAACCUUCUUUGCCAGUAUGUCAAAUUAAUGCUUUUCUUAUCGCCUUAGAAAGGCAAGCAAUUGAAGUAUAAACGUCCCUGAAAUUUUAAGUAAUUAUAAAUUUCCUAACCACUUUUAUCUUGUUGCUGCUCUUCUUAAAAUUCGGCAUAUCCGCAAUAAGAAUUCCGGAUUGUUGUGAAGCUUUUAGGCACAAGGAAGUGACUAAAUAAGGCAAAUCUGGAAGGUAAUUAGGACUGUACGGAAGUUUUAUUCUCCGCUGCUAGUGUCAAUGAAUCUACAAGUACGCAAGGAGAAAUAUUUUAAUACUGCCUUAGGUCUAGCGUUUUCAGUUGGAGAUUGGAGAUGUUCAAAUACAGAAGAUAACGCAUGUGUUAAUGCAGAUAACACGAAAUAUUUUCUUCACGAUUAUUCGGUACGUAAUUACAGUUUUUAUAAAUUGACUAGAGGCAUUUUUGCUCAGAAAUGUCACCAUUAGAAGCCUUAUUCCUUGUUAUACAAUUAUACACACAGGUUGAAAAUACAAAGUUCUUAUAGAGACGAAUAUAAUUGACUCAUAAGGCGGGAUAAUUUUAGAGACAAUAUUGGGAGCAGUCACCAUUGCAAUAUCGAAUAUUUCAUGACAAAAAAUACUAAACACGCCUCAAGGUUCCUAUAUUUUUAUAUUUUAACAGUCACUGUUACUUGUAUUACAACGAAGUUUCACCUGUUGAGUUUAAUGAAUUUUAUAAAUUAUGUGUGGUUGGAAGUUAUGAAGUGAGUAUAUGACAACUUAGAGCACAUAUGAUCUUCACUUGCCGGAUAAAUAUGUGAAAUUAAUGGGUGUAAUAAAUAUCAGUGCAUGGAACUUGGUACUGAAAAAUCAUUGUAACCGUUUUAAUAAGGCUUUUCCUUAAAAUUGAAUGGACUGCUAUGUGGGAAAAAAGGGCGCCGUAAAGUCAUUGGAACAUGAGGGCGACGUCAUACCCUAAACUUGACAAAAAUAGGGGAAGUUUUAUUAUAAUCAUUUCUCAAUUCUACACAAGUUCUCCCGUUAUAUCCAAAUAUUCAUGUUUGUGUGUACAUAUCGUGGUCCUGUACAUAUCUUAAAAUAGGGGUAAUAUCCCUUCCUUGUAUCAUACCACUGUAGCUUUAGAAACCAAAAUCAGCUUUCACACAGAAUUGUGCUAGUUCAAAAUACAUACAUUGCUAUUGUUAUUUUAAUACUUAUAACUUUUGUUUGAAAAAGGGAAUUUGAGCAAGCUAGUUCUAGAAAAUCUAUCAAGGUUUCAGAUAUUUUUGCACUGCUACAAUACCUUUUUGUGUUGUUUUGCUCUGUUUCUUGUAUAUUUUACUCCACCUAUUCUUAGUUUUUUGUUUAUUGGUACAUGAUAUGAGGUCUCGGUGUGCGUUUGUUCUGAUAGAAAUAAGUUUUGCCAUUAUACAUGUUCAUGAAACGUAACAUCGUUACACAGUGUUCCGUCCGACCUUUCCGAUAAAUCUAUAAAGAAACACAACUGAUAAGAAUAAGGUAUGGAAUUAUUUUCCGUGGCCUUCAUCUAUUGCUUUCGUGCUGUGAUUAUUCGUAGCAAUAACAUUUAGACAUUGGAGCUGGAAUAUCUGUUUCGAGAUGGAAUUAAGCAAAUGCAUAAAUAAUUGAAGGAAUGUAAGUAUCUUAUUUACAUAAGCAGCCAUGAACACAGUUGUUAAUCUUUCUCAUUUAAUAGCCACUGACGUGAGGUACUUACGUGUUUUCAGUUCUGUUUUCCAUUCAGUUCACGCCAUGGCUGGUUUUGUAAAUAGCGUAUGUCAUGAGAUUGUAUACUGAUAUUAAAAUGUUAUAUUGUAAUGAGCCUUCCAUUACUGAUUAAAAUAAAAUCGUUACGCAUGAUGCAUACCAAUAAUUUGCGUAUAGUUGCUGUUUUGAAUUCAACUACUGUCUGUGAGACCAGAGAUGACAGUACGGAGGUAAGUGGGGGAAGGGAUACAACUUGUUAUGCUCAUAGAAUGAAGGAGUGGGGGGUUGUGCCUACUGACAUCUAUCUUCUGACAGACAGUAUACUGUUCACUGUUGUUGAAAAUGAACAUCAAUAAAUCUGUACUAUAUAUCCUAGGUCUUUAAUAGGCUAUUGAUAAUUAUACAUGCAGCAUUAUAAUAGGACUAACAUGAAACCUAAAUUUGCAAUCGUAUCACCUGUCUAUUAUACGGUAUUAAAGCGCCUUUGCAAACUGGUUCCUUCAGGAAAUGUAACGGGAAUGUAGGAAGAUACAAGGCACGUUUAAUUCUCAUUCCAUUCCAUAACUUGCCCUAGAAUAUGAACUUGCAGUAAAGUGCACGUAUAAUGAUAGUACCUGAUUCGUUGGCCAGCAAACUCCAGGCAAGGGACCGAUCACUGCCUAUCGUUGAACGGAAAGACUAUCACUGGCGUAAUGAACGUCCGAUUAUAGUGCUUAACAUUGUCACGUAUAGGGUGGUACGUGUGACGAAAAUAACGGGUUCUAGUUCGAUUGGGUUCAUUGGCACUUCGGUUUCAAGUUCUCUUAAUCACACUUAAUGGAGCCCUAUCGCUGUUCUACACACUUUCCAGUCCACCGUUGUACACGCACUAAGAUUCCCAGCCUUCAUCAGUCGUCUCCUGGCAACAGAUCUCGACACAGAAACUAUCACAUAAAGUCACUUUGAAGUGUUCUUGCCAUUUCUUGUUCCAUCACCCCGGAACCUCUUAACUCAACUAAAAACUCUUCUGGACUCUUGACUACACUGCACUGCAUUGCACUCUGCACUAAUCUAAGCUACAACAGGUCUUCGUUAUAUAGGCUCCACACGGACAACAGAGAACACAUAAGUCACGUGAUUCCUAGCCAGCGAGUUCAGUGGCGCGCUGACUAUUGCUUAGCAACGAGCACUCAGAUACAUCUUCCAUUGUUGCAUGUUUGAACGUGUCUACCAAGCCGUUGCAAUAUAGUUUAUUGACCAACAAGUGGGAUUUGUAUCACAGGGCUCUGUGUUGUGCGAAGUUGGACCGGAAAGAGAAAUACCAGCUACGAUUAUUAAAAAUUAUACUGUGAGUCUACAGGAAAAGCAUGUGGUACUAACUUACUCGGAUUCUGGUUACGCACAUGCCAACUCGUUCCAUUACACAUAAACAGCAAAAAAAAAAUGCUUUCUUUUCCAAAAUCACGAUUAUCAGUUGGCAUAUUAAAUAAUUCCCUGUAGUGUAAGGACCCUUACUGUCAAGUGAUAUGCUUGUCUGUUACUGCUCACACCUCCAUCCUCAUAUUUUGAAUGGUGAGAUAAAGAACGAAUUAAUUCGGGAUAGUUACUUUAAAUCGGGUUUAGAUCCAGACACGUCAAGAAUAUGGAAAAUGAUUCGAUAACUCCUACAUCAAAAUUUUCGAGUUAAUUUGGUCACGUGUUUCUCAAAAUAGUUUAAUAAUUGUUAUAAAUAUAAUACUGUUACUGUAUUGCCAUAGAGUGUCGAUGUUUCAGUCCAUGAAUUACGUUAAUUUUCAGAUGUUAGACAUUUCGAAAGAAACAUAUCAAACAGAGCCAGCUGCAGUAUUCUCUGCAGUAAAUAAUAACCUUAGUUUCGAUUCAUUGCUCUCACUAACAGAGCAACAUAGGAAGAUUUUUAUCUUCUGGGAUAUAACGUCGUGUAGUCCAAUGAAAGUAAAUAGACAUUUCGGAAGAAAAU